AUGCAAGUACAGGAUAGAGAAACUGGUUUAUCGAAAAAUGAGUACCUUCUUGCUGGUUCUGUCAGUGGUUUUGUUGCUAGGGCAGUUGUACAACCUUUGGACGUAAUUAAAAUACGUUUUCAGCUACAAAUGGAACCAAUCGAAGUUUCUAGAACGAGCAAGUAUCAAGGUCUUAUGCAAGCCGUCAGGUGCAUAAGCAAGGAAGAGGGUGCUAUUGCUUUUUGGAAAGGUCAUGUUCCUGCUCAAAUGCAGUCGGUUACGUUCACUAGUGUUCAGUUUCUUACUUUUGAAGUGAUUCUUUCGUGGCUGCGUGAAGUCAACAGUCUCCUUAUUUCAGAUAACAAAAUAUUUGGCUUACCUAUUACCUACAAACCUAUUGGUAACUUUCUGUGCGGAUGUGGAGCGGGCUCUUUAGCAGCAGUAGUUACUCAACCAUUAGACGUCCUGCGCACACGUUUCAUUGCUCAAGGUGAGCCGAAAACUUACGGGAGCAUGUCACAUGCAGCUGUUUCCAUCAUAACUCGUGAAGGUGCUCAAGGGUUUUUCCGUGGGCUUGUUCCAUCUCUUCUUCUUAUAGCACCACAAACAGGGAUUCAAUUUGCCAUUUAUCAUUCAUUAAACCAAAUGAUUAAUCAAGGAAAGUAUUAUUUGCAUCCCAAUCUCAUUGAUAAGUCACCACAAUUCCAUAGCGGUAACCGUUCAGUUGGUCCUGUUCAAAGUUUGAUCUCUGGUGGACUUGCAGGGAUUGGAUCCAAAUGUGUAAUAUAUCCACUUGAUAUGGUGAAAAAACGUAUGCAAGUUCGGGGUUUUGAAGAAGCGCGUGCUCAAUUCGGUCGAAUUCCUAUAAGAAAUGAUGGUCUUUGUAGAUGCUUACUUGAAAUAUGGCAAAUGGAAGGAGCUUCAGCAUUUUUUAAAGGAUUAAGACCCACUUUACUCAAGUCUUUUGUUUCUAUCUCGUGUCGAUUUACUGUGUAUGAACAAAUUUGCAGAUUUCUACUUUAUCAAAAGCACUCAUAA